AUGUCGCUUGCCGACAUCCCCGGCAGCGUUGUCAGCCUCGCUGAUCGCUCCGUCGGUGACAAAUUCGCGGAGCGUACUAUAGUCGCCUGCCUCAUCGGCAUUUCCUGGUAUAAUGCCUUGGAAUUGAUCGUUCUGUGCUUCACCACCUUCAAGAGAUAUAGCGGGUGCUAUUUCUGGUCUCUUCUCAUCGCCUCCUUCAGUAUCAUCCCUUUUAAUCUCGGAUAUCUCCUCAUCAUCUUCAACAUAUACACCAACAGGUUCCCCUAUGUGAUGGAGCUAGUUGCUUGGGUCGGGAUGGUAACAGGCCAGUCACUAGUCCUGUGGUCUCGAUUGCAUCUUGUCUGCCACAGCCGAGCCGUCCUCCGCGCCACUCUCGCCAUGAUAAUCAUCAACGCGAUCAUCCUACACAUCCCUGGCUUCGUCCUCGAACUCGGCAGCCAUUCGACCAACUCCGCCCUCUUCAUCGACGGGUUCAACAUCUUCGAGCGCAUCCAAUUGGUCGGAUUCUCCAUACAAGAAAUCAUACUCUCCAUCAUUUACUCCUGGGAAGCUGUGCGACUACUGAAUCUCCGCCCAAGAGCCCAGUACCGAGGUACUCUGGUCCAACUCCUAAUCGUGAACGUCGUCAUGAUUAUCAUGGACGCUGCCAUUAUCGGAGUACAGUACUCGGGCUUCUUCGAUAUCCAUGUCACCCUCAAGGGAAUGGUAUAUAGUAUCAAGCUCAAGCUGGAAUAUGCGAUCCUGGGCAAAUUGGUGCACAUCACCGAGGUGGGUGGCAGCAGCUCGGCUGACACCGACCUGUCGGAUUUCCUGGAUCUUACUUUACAUAAUGCCCGCACCGCGCAGCCGGAUAGCGACAUCUUCGCGGAGAAUCCAGAGUACGUCCCGCACAAUCGUCGUAUGCGAGUGUCCUCCAAGGGCUCCUCCAAGGGCUCAUCCACUGACCCGCUAAGAAGGAGUCUCUCCGCUGCCCAGAGUCCGAGUUCGGGUAGCCCAGACUACUCUUGA